GCAACGAGCAUCGUCUGCGGCUAGACGUACAAUUUGUCACACAAAUCCAUGCCUCAACUUAUUAUUUUCCUACAAACUCCCAUGAGUGACGUUGCGCGUGUUUGAUCGGCAUAAAUUUGCAAAAUUUUACAAGUGCCUUGUGAAUAAAUAUAGUGUAUAGAAGUUAGUAUUUUUAAUUUAAACAUCUCUGACGGACACAAGCAGCUUCUUCAUUUCCAUUCGAGAAGUGUUUUCGAUGUGUAUAUGAGCCAGUGCGAAAGAAGGCAAAUAGUAUCACUUUAUCUUUCAAAAAAGAGCAAAUACAUUUUUUCUUCACGUCUCCGGUUCUUGAGACAACAUUAAAAAAAAGCAGAGAAAGAUACAACACCGAGGAAAACGUGGGAUACUGAAAAUUUAACAGUUUCGAGCUCUCUGCUGGUGUGAUAGUAUAAAAAUGAAGGUGGUGGUGGUGUUGUACCUAAUUCUGCACUGUGCUCUGCCACUGAUUUCCGGCAAAACAUCUUCCGGUGGAGAAAGCCUGGAAGUGACCAAGGACGAAAGAAAGUUUCUCAGCAAAUCGAAUUCACUCCGUGACUCGAUUCCCAACGCCGAUGUCAAGGGGAGUGAUAGAGGGGAUGAUUUACUAGAGAAUUGGAAAUUGGACCCGUCCCAAGCUCCGCCGCCCAAGUUAUUUACCGCCUAUAAGGAGACAUAUAUUACGAAGGCGGCGGCGAAGAGAUUCCUGCAGAAAAUACGCUCACUGAAGAAGCCCUACACGGAAAAGGAGUAUGAUGACCUACUUCAGGAAAUUAUGCUCGAGCCAAAGCCCACGUCCAAAUACUCAAUCUAUGACAAGAAGUAUUUUGACUAUUUGCCAUCGGAUCAGCAAGAUAUGAAAUUAGACCAGGGAAAAUCUGACCAGGACACCACCAAGGAGUCCCACCAUCAGCACCGACAUCAUGAGCGUCGUCAUCAGAGACGGGAAAGGGCCAAGAGGCACACAGAGAAGGGGGAGGAGAAGAAGCUGGAGAAGAGACACUCAGAUGUCGAAUGGACUCGACACUUCCUGGAGCAUGAGAGGAUGUAUCAUGAGCAAUUGAGGCGGGACUACGAGGAGCAGACGAACCAAAGAUAUCAACAGCCAUUCCAGGCACUUUACACUAAUCAAAUCUACACACUGCCUGUGAGUGCGGAUCCCAACAAUCCGUGGAACAAUCCUUUCUACAGACCGCGACUCAACAAUUACUAUCUCCCGCCUGACCCCAGUCAAUUCAUCGUCCGUCCUCAGCAGACGUUCAUCAGUUAUCCCAUCCCAGGAGUCGUCUACAACCCGCCCCAUCCCCCGCAGAAUCCCCCCGUCACUCAGGUCACCAAACCGCCAACAACUUCUCCGCCAGACACCGUAGACUCACGCCCAGGCAUAUCAACUGGGAGUCGGUUUGGCGAGGAUGGACCAGUGUGGGAUGUUCAGGACAAGCCAUCCAGGCUAAUUCCAGAGACACCGACCCAGUCCUUUACGCCGACGCCCACCCGGCGCCCCGCACCGCCCGUGAUUCGUGAUAAUGAAGAUUACUAUGAUGAUCUCACGGCAUUGAAUAGAAUUCCCCAAGGUGGCGGGAGUCAGAGCAGUGUGAAUCAGGGUGCUGCUAAUCAAGGUAGUGUGAAUCAAGGUGUGCGCACCACAACCAGGCGCCCACCGCCGCCCCUCAUUCACAACAGCCCGGACUACGAUGACUUGCCAAGCAACACCGGAAGUGCUCAGCGUCCUCCAUCCAGUCAGCCCAAUUUCAAUCAAGUUGGGAGUGGAAGUGACAGACCCCAGCAGAGACCCAGUCAGCCAGAGAGACGUCCGACGGCGCCCCCGAGCCCCGACGGCCCAUCCAGGUGCGUCUGGGCCAUCGUGAAUUGCUGCUCACCCCGCAACCCGGCCGUGAGGUAUGCCUGCUUCGAGAGGGUGGGCUGCCAGGGCGCCUUCUGGGACCUCAAUCCGUGCAGUGAUGUGAUUGUACAGGCGGCCGUGGAUGAAACGAAUCGGUACUUCAAUUGAGAGCAAAAAAAACGCAUUGUGAUGACAUUUCGAGCGAACAAAUUGCACCUCACAAAACUAUCCGCAUUUAUGAAUCGCCCUAUGCACCUUAUUUAUCCGCACAAGAGAGAAUUUAUUAAUUUAAUAGCAACGGAACUCUGAGCAGAUCAGGAAUUUGCUAAUGCUACUGCUAUAUAUUUUAGCAUUAUAGUUAGAUAUUUUCCCUCCCUGGAAACACUGUAAUGUAAGACGAUUUUGUAAAUAGAGCAAUAAAUAUUUUAUAGAAGAA